GCUAGACCAUCAUGUCUCGCCACUGCGAGCAGCCGAGCACUUGCCCUCGUCGCCCCCCACCCUCACCUCUUUAAAGCAAAGCGACGGGCAGCGCAAAGCACGCACCGUCGCCUCGCCGGCCUCACCUCACCUGGUCGCCUCCCCCUCCCAAAGACCCAAACUGUUACAUCCUGGGCGCGAGCUGCCGGCCGGGCUGAGAGGGGUAGUACUGUAGUAGUAGUAGCUCGGCAGCUCUAGCUGAUCCCCCGCGGUUUCCUUAUUCUCGCAAGGGCCGGCGCGGCGGCGGCGGCGGGCACCGCCGCGUUUGCGAGUUUGGGAAGGGCAGGGAGCGAGGGGGGCGCGAUGGGGAGGGGCCGCAGCGAGAUAAAGCGGAUCGAGAACCCCACGCAGCGGCAGUCCACCUUCUACAAGCGCCGGGACGGCCUGUUCAAGAAGGCCAGGGAGCUCUCCGUCCUCUGCGACGUCGAUCUGCUCCUCCUCCUCUUCUCCACCUCCGGCAAGCUCUACCACUACCUUUCGCCCACCGUCCCAUCCGUCAAGGAUCUGGUCGAGAGGUACGAGGCCGCGACGCACACCAAGGUCUGGACGGACAUCCGCCAGGAGCGGCGCGCGGAGCUGGAGAAGGCGGAGCAGAUGUGCGAGCUCAUGGAGAAGGAGCUGCGCUUCAUGACGGUGGACGACGGGGAGCAGUACACGGUGCCGUCGCUGGAGCUGCUGGAGCGCAACCUGGAGGCCGCCAUGCACAAGGUGCGCUCCGAGAAGGACCGCAAGAUCGGGGGCGAGAUCACCUACCUCGAGAACAUUAUCAGAGGGCGGCAAGAGGAGCGUUAUGGAUUGUGCGACAAGCUUGCUCAUUCUCAGGCCCUGAACCACGACGAGGAAGCAGGGUCGACCUCGCUGAGCAACGGCCUGGAACUCAAACUUGGAUUCAACUAGCAAUGGAUGGAAGGUGGAGGAUGGAUGAUUGGGAAGACUAUGCUCUGUUUCUAGUACUGUUUUGAGUUCCAGAGUCGAAAUCAUGUCAGGUUAACAGAUUCUGCUGUCUUUCCAGGCCGUGAGAACACUAAUAUCACAGCUGUAUGCCGGCUGUUUCAAGAAAGUCGAAUUCUUCUGUAGUUGGCCUAGAUCUAGUCUCAGGCAGCAUGUCAUCAUGUAUUAGGCAGACAAUGGGAGAAAUUAUCUUUACUCCUGAGCUAUUAUUCCUCA